CAUCACCUCCGCCGCUGACAGUUUCGGAGGAUUAGCAAGGAUCCACUCGAAAGCUUCAGCUUCAGCUUCCUCCCGACCCUCGAACGACUUCAAACAGACUCCCUGCCCGCUGGUCAUCAUGCCUACCAUGGUGGUGUGUUCGUUUCCCGCGUAGCCAGCUGCAUCCCAUCCGACGUCCGGACAACGCCCAGCUAUGUGGACGUACAUGAUGGCUGCCGCCCGCGGAGAUCGGGUCAACACGAUGAUGUCCACCCGGAGACGCCCCGAAACGGAGUCCCCCAAAUACGGUUACAACCUCUCCACUCGUCCCAUGUACCGAACCACCAGAUUCGUGGGCCCCGCCUCCUCGGCGCCCGCCCAACUGCAGCUGCCCUGCGGCUCCCAUCAGGCAGUCAGCAUGGGCAUGGCACCGCCACCGCUGGAGGAGAUUAGCGGCGGUCUGUUCGCACCCUUUGCGCCCACGGCGACGAUUACGGUCGAGCAGGCGGCCACCUCGAUACCGAUGGCCGUUGAGGGCGAGGUGCAUCAUCUCCACUAUCCGCGCAGGAGCUGGCAACGUAGAUAUCAUCAGGGGAACCAUCGCCAGGCGGAAGGGCUGGCGGGACAGGAUGCGGACGAUGACGACGAUGAUGAAGACGAUGAUGAUGAUGAUGAGGAUGAGGACGACGAGGAGUUCGGAGAGGCUGUGGGCGAGGAUAACCCGGAGGAGGCCAUUGCGAGGGCUGACCAGCAACAGAAACAUCACCAUCUCCAUCAACCGCAUGCCAGCGAUCCGAGUUAUGUGGAAAAUGGCAGGAAGCUGAUACAGGAACCAAGUAAACAUAGCAAGCCAUCGGCUUUGAGACGCACCCUUCAAGCCCUUCGCCAGCGUCUGACUAAAAGGAAUCGCCCCAAACCGCCGGAUUGGUUCCUCGAGAAGUUCUCCAACACCACCAAUACGGACAAGAUUGGCAAGGGAGGAUGUCCGACAAUGGAGGAUGCGGCCCUCUCCAGCGAAAUCCGAGGCUCCAGUGUCCUGUGCAAUCGUCUCUCCGUGGAUCCCACUCUGCAGUCGCAUUACAGGUGGCUGGCCAUUGUUUCGCUGGCUGUGCUGUACAACAUCAUCUUCGUGGUCGGACGGGCCGUCUUCUGGGAGAUCAACAAAAGCGCACCCGGUGUGUGGUACACACUGGACUACCUCUGCGACUUCAUCUAUCUGCUGGAUACGCUCGUCCACAUGCACGAGGGAUUCCUGGACCAGGGGCUCCUCGUGCGGGACGCGUACCGGCUGCGCAGUCACUACUUCCACACGAAGGGCUGGUAUCUGGACGUGCUAUCGAUGUUGCCCACGGACCUGGCCUACAUCUGGUGGCCACCGGAGACCUGCUCUAGCCUGUACCUGCCAUGUCCCGUCAUCGUUCGCCUGAACCGGCUCCUGAGGAUUAAUCGGCUGUGGGAGUGGUUUGAUCGAACGGAGACAGCUACUGGAUAUCCGAAUGCCUUCCGCAUCUGCAAAGUGGUCCUGGCGAUUCUGGUGCUGAUCCACUGGAAUGCCUGCAUGUACUUUGCCAUUAGCUAUGAGAUUGGAUUCAGCUCGGACUCGUGGGUCUAUAAUCUGAAUGGAACGCGAAACAACACACUUCAGCGGCAGUACAUCUAUAGCUUCUACUGGUCCACACUGACACUGACCACCAUUGGAGAGACUCCAACGCCGGAGAACGAUGUGGAGUAUCUAUUUGUGGUGGCCGAUUUCCUGGCGGGUGUACUCAUCUUUGCCACCAUUGUGGGUAACAUUGGCUCCAUGAUCUCCAACAUGAAUGUGGCCCGCGUGGAGUUCCAGAAUCGCAUGGACGGCGUGAAGCAAUACAUGGCCUUCCGGCGGGUGGGACACGAACUGGAGGCCCGGGUGAUACGGUGGUUCGCCUACACCUGGUCGCAGAGUGGUGCCCUCGAUGAGGAGCGAGUGCUGGCCGCCCUGCCCGAUAAGCUGAAAGCGGAGAUUGCCAUCCAGGUGCAUAUGGAUACACUGAAGCAGGUGCGGAUCUUUCAUGAUACGGAACCGGGUCUCCUCGAGGCUCUGGUACUGAAGCUGAAGCUGCAGGUCUUCAGUCCCGGGGACUAUAUCUGCCGCAAGGGUGACGUGGGCAAGGAAAUGUACAUCGUGAAGCGUGGAAAGCUCUCGGUCGUCGGAGAUGAUGGCAUCACCGUGUUGGCCACUCUGGGAGCUGGUUCCGUUUUCGGUGAGGUGUCCGUGCUGGAGAUAGCUGGGAAUCGGACAGGGAACCGGAGGACAGCCAACGUGAGAUCCCUGGGCUACUCGGAUCUCUUCUGUCUGGCGAAACGGGAUUUGUGGGAAACGCUGGCCGAUUAUCCGGAGGCGAGAUCCACGCUCACUCAGCGUGGAUGCCAGCUGCUGCGCAAGGAUGGGCUCUUGGAUGAGCAGAUAUUUGCUGACUCCCAACGAGUCCAUGACAGCAUCGAGGGCGGCAUUGAGAAGCUGGAGCUCUCCGUGGAGAACCUAAACAUGCGACUGGCCCGUCUGCUGGCGGAGUACACGGCCAGCCAGGCCAAGAUCAAGCAGCGUUUGGCCAAGCUGGAGAUGAAUGGCAGUCCUGGCACGUGGCGGCUGGAGUGCGAGCCGCAGACGCGAGUACGCAGCGGACGGCUUUAUUCAUUGCAGCCAAAGAGGCGCCCACGUUCGCGACCCGACGCCACUGCCAAAAGCGGCGAGGCUGCCAAACAGAACACGCUCUAAGCCCAGGAAGAAGCCCCGGAAAAGCCUCGGCCAGGAAAAACCCCCAAAAACCAAACCAAACCAAGCCCCAACCCUUUAGUCUGCCCCGAGGCCGGAAAAUAGUGAUAAAUGCAUUAAACUUGCAGGAGUAUAACCUUUGGCCCCGGGCCAAACUUUCCAUGAAUCUGUUUUUUGCCGGGUAAAAGGUAAAGUUAAAUCAAUUUUUAAUUUUUACAAUUAGUUACGUUACGGGGGUGCCAGCGACGCUUAAAGGGUGCAGACUUUAUAAAUUUGUAAAAUGAUUCAAAACUGAAUGUG